CCGACGAUGGACGGGCUGCACGUGCUCGCCUCCUUCGAGAAGGAAAUGACCGCUUGUGUUUUUGACGCCCUGGAUAUCCCGGCAAGUCGCUGUCAGGCUGCAUAAGGUGUUUGUUUUCCGCGUGAACGCAGCCACUGCGCGCUGCUGAGAAGCGACCCGGGGAGGAUGACCGCUUCUCUACUGGCUUCAGUGACUCCAUGGCCAAAUGCCUCGGACUUCACGACAUCCCAGCUCAACAAGUCAUGUGAUAACUGCAGUCAUUUCAAAUACAUGGCGUACACCGUCACGUACAGUAUAGUGUUUCCCGUUGGACUGCUCAGCAAUUUGGUCGCUCUGUACGUGUUCCUGCGGCACACCCCCAAGAAGACCGCCAACACUGUGUUCAUGACUAACCUCGCCAUAAGUGAUGUUUGUUUCACCUUAACGUUGCCCUUUCGCCUCAUCUACUACUUCAGGGAAUGCCACUGGGACUUUCCGGAUUGGUGGUGUCGCUGGUGUGUCUACUCCUUCUACGUGAACCUCUACACCAGCGUGCUUUUCCUUACGGGUCUAAGUGUGCUGCGCUAUAUCGCCGUAGUGCACCCCAUCCGCAACAAGUCUCUUGUGACAGUGCGCCGGGCCAGUGUGGCAUGCUUUGGCAUCUGGGUGUUCGUAGCAAUCAUGUCCGUCCCUUUCCUCAUGUCAGGGACUCUGAAAGACGGCGAAAAGAUACGCUGCUUUGACCCUGGACACAAAAAAAACUGGAUGCGGAUACUCUACCUCAACUACUUGGCGCUAGUGCUGGGCUUCCUAAUUCCUUUCGUCACCAUUCUGGUCUGCUACGGAUGCAUAAUCUGCAAACUGUUUGCAGGUCAGAGAAUUCAGAGUCACAGGCGGAAACACCGGCUGCGCUCGGUGUACCUGAUUGCUGUAAUCCUGACCACCUUCCUGUUGUGCUUCCUACCAUACCACAUUGUCCGCACAGUUCACCUGCACGCCAUUGUCUCGAGGAAUAACUGUAGGCUGGAGGAGCAUCUCCUGAGGGUUCCUGUUCUGACACUAUGUGUUGCAGCUUCCAACAGCUGCCUGAACCCCCUCAUGUACUACUUUGCUGGGGAGAGCUUCCGUACGUCCUUCCGCAGGGCCUCGCGCCGGGGAACGUUGAGCUCCGAGAACAGUUUCCGCUUGUCAUUCCAGUGGAGGAACAGAUCGAGCAAGCAAGUGCGGCAACAGACUCCAAGCAGUCUACUGGCACCAGAAGAAAAGCAAAACACUCAGUGAAGAGCAACAAGCAGUGGAAGCCACACUGCUCUUCUGAACCCCAACAAAAAGCUGUGAUGGACCACGUCUCAAUGUGAGGGCUUGUGUUAAAGAUAACAGGCAAGGGAUCAAUGAGUAAAUGGACUGAUUUACUGUGGAUCUUCUUUCCUGAACAAGACUGUAGGGCAGGGGUUUCAAACUACUGGGCCAUGGUCCACAUCCAGCCCAUCACAUAUUUACAAUUUAUCCUUAAAUGUUGCCUGCAAACCUUUUUUUUUAGUUUCUGUGGAUAAAUAUUUACAUCUGACGUGUAGGCUUGCCUCACCCACCGGACACUAUGACUGGUUAAACAACAUAAGCUAUAUAAAAGCAAAAAACAGAGCGCUGCAUGCAGGA